UCUUGAUCAUGCUAUGGACACGGACGAAUGAACAUGCAUUAUUGUGUUACUAACUUCUUCACUUCUGGUAUUUUGCAGGAUGAAUGAUCUAAUGACCAAGUCAUUUCUAAGUUAUGUGAAUUUGAAGAAGCAAGCCCGAAUGGAUCUCCAAGAGGAGGCAGACAUCGAAAAAGGCCUGCACAAUCCCACCCAUGAACUCAACUUGUCUCAGUUUUUCGAAGAAGUUGAGGCUAUUAAGUCUGAACUGGAGAGCAUUUCUAAACUCCAGUAUGAUCUGCAAAAACUAAAUGAAGAGACAAAAUCUACUCGCAGUGCUAAGAUUUUAAGAGGGAUAAGGGAUCGUAUGGACUCUAAUAUGGUCUCUGUUCUUCGCAAAGCAAAAUUUAUUAGGUCAAGGCUCUCAUCUCUGGACAAGUCUAAUGUGUCUAAUCGCAGGAUAUCAGUGGCAUAUAGAGAAGGCAGCACAGUAGAUCGGACAAGGAUUUCAGUUACGAAUGGAUUAAGAGUUAAGUUGAAGGAGAUGAUGAUUGAGUUUCAGUUGAUGCGAGAGAGAAUUCUGAUGGAUUACAAAGAAUACUUGAAAAGGCGGUACUACAAUAUGACUGGAGAUGUCCCAAGGGAAGAGAUGAUCGAGAAGAUGGCAUCGGGAAGUGGAAAAAUUGAGAUAUUUGAAGGGAAAGCAGAACUACAUUUGGAGAACAAAGAGAGACAUGAAGCUGCAAUGGACAUUCAGAGGAGUUUGAAUAAGCUUCAUCAGGUGUUUCUUGAUAUGGCAGUCUUAGUCGAGGCUCAGGGUGCAGGGACUAAUGACAUCGAGCAUAAUGUUGGCAGUGCUAGAAGCCUUGUUAGUGGUGGAACUAAUAGCCUCUUAUAUGCAAAGCAGAUGAAGAAGGAAGACAGGACCUGGGCUUACUGGCUAUGUGCAGCAGGGUUUGUUGUAGUGCUGGUUUGCUUCGUCGCAAUGUUAUCAGCCUGAGAAUCAUGGUUCUAGUUUCAGGUUUUAGGGUAAGAGUAGUUCAACGUAUGGUCUGCAGAUUCCCUUUAUUGCCCAUUUCCCUCGUUAAUUUCAUUAUCACUUCUGAAGUAAAAUAUUGUUCUCUUUAAGUUGAAUAAUU